AUGGCUGAGCUCUUUAUCUGUUUACCCCUCUUUAACCUCAGCUUUCACUACUGUGGGUGUAGGUGGGUUUGUCUAUUAGAUAAGGGCCGUUUAGGGGGAUUGCAUUGCGAUGCCCUCAUGUCUAGGUUAAGUACCACACAAGAUACAGAGAGAUGUAUGAUUGGUGUGGUGUGUACAUGCGCUCAUGUCCAACCCCCCCCCACCCCCCCAACCUUCUCUCUCCCCCUCUCUCUCUCUCUAGGUACUGGUCCUAUCCAUAUGAACAGUGUUCAGUGUUUGGGGACAGAGAAGUCUAUCCUAGACUGUUACUUUCAGGAUGUCCCUCUCUGGACGUUUAAACACACCCAGGACGCCUCAGUACGCUGCAACAUCCCCAAGCUUGGCCUAGACAGCACGGUUAGAACACACACAUUCACACACACACCUUUACAUUAUAUAAUUAAACAAUAAGGCCUGAGUGGGUGUGGUAUAUGGCCAAUAUACCAGUGCCUGGACACAGCCCUUAGCCGUGGUAUAUUGGCCAUAUACCACAAACCCCCUUGGUGCCUUAUUGCUAUUGUAAACUGGUUACCGGUGUAAUUAGAGCAGUAAAAAUAAAUGUUUUGUCAUAUCCGUGGUAUACGUUCUGAUAUACCAUGUCUGUCAGCCAAUCAGCAUUCAGGGCUCGAACCACCCAGUUUAUAAUACCAAUUAAAUUAUUGUAGAGUCAUUAGAUACUUAUAAUUCUGAACAUCUGACUUGCAAAACAUACUGAAUUUAAAUAUAAUUUUCUCGCACCUCCUCCUCCUCCUCCUCCUCCUCCUCCUACCCUCCUUCCUCUUCCUACCCUAGGUGCGAUUGGCGGGGGGCAGGGAGCCAGGUGAGGGGCGUGUGGAGGUACUGAUGGAUGUAGGGGGUCGUAAGAGAUGGGGGUCAGUCUGCAGUGAGAACUGGGGGAUCAACGAAGCCAUGGUGGUCUGUAGACAGCUGGGUCUGGGGUUCGCAUCCCGAGCACACCAGGUAUGGAAACACACCUACGAAACCCUAUUCACUGUAUAUUGCACUACUUCUGGCCAGAGCCCUUUGUAGGAAUAUGGCACCAUUUCAGAUUUGCCCCUAGAGUACUCCCACAAUUCACCAAUCUCCUGGAUAGCUGAAAACUCAGUAAUACUUUCUGAGAUAUAUAUAUAUAUAUAUAUAUAUAUAUAUAUAUAUAUAUAUAUAUAUAUAUAUAUAUAUAUAUAUAUAUAUAUAUAUACACAUACACAGUGAGGGAAAAAAGUAUUUGAUCCCCUGCUGAUUUUGUACGUUUGCCCACUGACAAAGAAAUAAUCAGUCUAUAAUUUUAAUGGUAGGUUUAUUUGAACAGUGAGUGACAGAAUAACAAACAAAAAAAAUCCAGAAAAACGCAUGUCAAAAAUGUUGAAUUGCAUUUUAAUGAGGGAAAUAAGUAUUUGACCCCCUCUCAAUCAGAAAGAUUUCUGGCUCCCAGGUGUCUUUUAUACAGGUAACGAGCUGAGAUUAGGAGCACACUCUUAAAGGGAGUGCUCCUAAUCUCAGCUUGUUACCUGUAUAAAAGACACCUGUCCACAGAAGCAAUCAAUCAAUCAGAUUCCAAACUCUCCACCAUGGCCAAGACCAAAGAGCUCUCCAAGGAUGUCAGGGACAAGAUUGUAGACCUACACAAGGCUGGAAUGGGCUACAAGACCAUCGGCAAGCAGCUUGGUGAGAAGGUGACAACAGUUGGUGCAAUUAUUCACAAAUGGAAGAAACACAAAAGAACUGUCAAUCUCCCUCGGCCUGGGGCUCCAUUCAAGAUCUCACCUCGUGGAGUUGCAAUGAUCAUGAGAACGGUGAGGAAUCAGCCCAGAACUACACGGGAGGAUCUUGUCAAUGAUCUCAAGGCAGCUGGGACCAUAGUCACCAAGAAAACAAUUGGUAACACACUACGCCGUGAAGGACUGAAAUCCUGCAGCGCCCGCAAGGUCCCCCUGCUCAAGAAAGCACAUAUACAUGCCCGUCUGAAGUUUGCCAAUGAACAUCUGAAUGAUUCAGAGGAGAACUGGGUGAAAGUGUUGUGGUCAGAUGAGACCAAAAUGGAGUUCUUUGGCAUCAACUCAACUUGCCGUGUUUGGAGGAGGAGGAAUGCUACCUAUGACCCCAAGAACACCAUCCCCACAGUCAAACAUGGAGGUGGAAACAUUAUGCUUUGGGGGUGUUUUUCUGCUAAGGGGACAGGACAACUUCACCGCAUCAAAGGGACAAUGGACGGGGCCAUGUACCGUCAUAUCUUGGGUGAGAACCUCCUUCCCUCAGCCAGGGCAUUGAAAAUGGGUCGUGGAUGGGUAUUCCAGCAUGACAAUGACGCAAAACACACGGCCAAGGCAACAAAGGAGUGGCUCAAGAAGAAGCACAUUAAGGUCCUGGAGUGGCCUAGCCAGUCUCCACACCUUAAUCCCAUAGCAAAUCUGUGGAGGGAGCUGAAGGUUCGAGUUGCCAAACGUCAGCCUCGAAACCUUAAUGACUUGGAGAAGAUCUGCAAAGAGGAGUGGGACAAAAUCCCUCCUGAGAUGUGUGCAAACCUGGUAGCCAACUACAAGUAAGGUCUGACCUCUGUGAUUGCCAACAAGGGUUUUGCCACCAAGUACUAGGUCAUGUUUUGCAGAGGGGUCAAAAGCUUAUAUCCCUCAUUAAAAUGCAAAUCAAUUUAUAACAUUUUUGACAUGCGUUUCUCUGGAUUAUUUUGUUGUUAUUCUGUCUCUCACUGUUCAAAUAAACCUACCAUUAAAAUUAUAGACUGAUCAUUUCUUUGUCAGUGGGCAAACGUACAAAAUCAGCAGGUGAUCAAAUACUUUUUUCACUAUAUAUAUAUAUAUAUAUAUAUAUAUAUAUAUAUAUAUACACACACACACACACACACACACACACACAGUGGGGAGAACAAGUAUUUGAUACACUGACGAUUUUGCAGGUUUUCCUACUUACAAAGCAUGUAGAGGUCUGUAAUUUUUAUCAUAGGUACACUUCAACUGUGAGAGACGGAAUCUAAAACAAAAAUCCAGAAAAUCACAUUGUAUGAUUUUUAAGUAAUUCAUUUGCAUUUUAUUGCAUGACAUAAGUAUUUGAUCACCUACCAACCAGUAAGAAUUCCGGCUCUCACAGUUAGUUUUUCUUUAAGAAGCCCUCCUGUUCUCCACUCAUUACCUGUAUUAACUGCACCUGUUUGAACUCAUUACCUGUAUAAAAGACACCUGUCCACACACUCAAUCAAACAGACUCCAACCUCUCCACAAUGGCCAAGACCAGAGAGCUGUUUAAGGACAUCAGGGAUAAAAUUGUAGACCUGCACAAGGCUGGGAUGGGCUACAGGACAAUAGGCAAGCAGCUUGGUGAGAAGGCAACAACUGUUGGCGCAAUUAUUAGAAAAUGGAAGAAGUUCAAGAUGACGGUCAAUCACCCUCGGUCUGGGGCUCCAUGCAAGAUCUCACCUCGUGGGGCAUCAAUGAUCAUGAGGAAGGUGAGGGAUCAGCCCAGAACUACACGGCAGGACCUGGUCAAUGACCUGAAGAGAGCUGGGACCACAGUCUCAAAGAAAACCAUUAGUAACACAGUAUGCCGUCAUGGAUUAAUAUCCUGCAGCGCACGCAAGGUCCCCCUGCUCAAGCCAGCGCAUGUCCAGGCCCGUCUGAAGUUAGCCAAUGACCAUCUGGAUGAUCCAGAGGAGGAAUGGGAGAAGGUCAUGUGGUCUGAUGAGACAAAAAUAGAGCUUUUUGGUCUAAACUCCACUCGCCGUGUUUGGAGGAAGAAGAAGGAUGAGUACAACCCCAAGAACACCAUCCCAACCGUGAAGCAUGGAGGUGGAAACAUCAUUCUUUGGGGAUGCUUUUCUGCAAAGGGGACAGGACGACUGCACCGUAUUGAGGGGAGGAUGGAUGGGGCCAUCUAUCGCGAGAUCUUGGCCAAGAACCUCCUUCCCUCAGUAAGAGCAUUGAAGAUGGGUCGUGGCUGGAUCUUCCAGCAUGACAACGACCCGAAACACACAGCCAGGGCAACUAAGGAGUGGCUCCGUAAGAAGCAUCUCAAGGUCCUGGAGUGGCCUAGCCAGUCUCCAGACCUGAACCCAAUAGAACAUCUUUGGAGGGAGCUGAAAGUCCGUAUUGCCCCAGCGACAGCCCCGAAACCUGAAGGAUCUGGAGAAGGUCUGUAUGGAGGAGUGGGCCAAAAUCACUGCUGCAGUAUGUGCAAACCUGGUCAAGACCUACAGGAAACAUAUGAUCUCUGUAAUUGCAAACAAAGGUUUCUGUACCAAAUAUUAAGUUCAGCUUUUCUGAUGUAUCAAAUACUUACGUCAUGCAAUAAAAUGCAAAUUAAUUACUUAAAAAUCAUACAAUGUGAUUUUCUGGAUUUUUGUUUUAGAUUCCGUCUCUCACAGUUGAAGUGUACCUAUGAUAAAAAAUUACAGACCUCUACAUGCUUUGUAAGUAGGAAAACCUGCAAAAUAGGCAGUGUAUCAAAUACUUGUUCUCCCCACUGUGUGUAUGUGUAUAUAUAUAUAUAUAUAUAUAUAUAUAUAAUGCAUUAUGAUUGCAUGUAUAAUGUAAUAGCAUGUAUAAUGCCUUGCAACACAACAUAAUGCCUUACAAUAAUCCAUUGUAACACUUGCUAUAAAUUGUCAUAACGUAACUGACUUCCACACUCACUCACUCAUGACUCUCUCUCUCUAGGAGACUUGGUAUUGGGCUGGGGAUCCUAACGCAGCAGAGUUGGUGUUGAGUGGAACCCACUGUGUCGGAACUGAGCUGUCAAUCCAACAGUGUCGCCGUAACAACCACGUAUACUGUCCCCGAGGUGGUGGGACUAAUGCUGCAGGGGUCACCUGUUCAGAGAGUGAGUCAUUAUCAAAGCACACCUGUCCACCUGGCUAGCUGUCUACACCUGUGUCGUCUUAAGAGAUCCUGUCCAGGGUUCUGUUCAAAUGUCAAGAAAUUGGAGAAAACACUUUGAAACUGAAGUACCUGAACUCCAAUAGCAACACUUAUUUUCAGUCUUCCGCUUGAAAACGUUUUCUCCUGUUUGCUUUCUGAACGUGAACUUGGUGUUUGAUCAUCUCUGAUUAACCUUUAACCUACCCCUCCCCUCACCGUAGUGGCCCUUGACCCAUCAUUCCCUGUAAUACCUGGUUUACCUUUCACCCCUGACCCCCAUACAUGCCUAAGUUACCCCAAACCACUCACCCCUCUCCCCUGCCCUCUAGCUGCCCCUGACCUGGUACUAGAUGCCCAACUGGUUCAGGAGACAGCCUACCUAGAGGACCGACCCCUACAUCUGCUGACCUGUGCCAACGAGGAGAACUGUCUGUCAUCCUCCGCUGCCAGAAUGAACUGGCCGUACGGACACCGUCGCCUCCUACGAUUCUCCUCCAGGAUUAUGAACAUGGGACGGGCCGACUUCAGACCUAGGGCUACCAGGGAGUCUUGGACAUGGCACGCAUGUCAUAGGUAAGAGGUGUUGUGGGAGUUGUAGUUUUAUGAUGUCUAUAGGAUUUGUGGUAGUUGUAGUCUUUGGUAUUAUGAACAUGAGACUGGCUGACUUUAGACCCAGGGCUACCAGGGAGUCUUGGACAUGGCACCAGUGUCACAGGUAAGGGAUGCUGUGGGAGUUAUAGUUUUAUUUUAGGUCUAUAGGAUUUGUUGUAUUCUUUGGCAUUAUGAACAUGAUACAGGCUGACUUUAGACCUAGGGCUACCAGUGAGUCUUGGACAUGGCACCAGUGUCACAGGUACUGCAUUGGGGUCAGGGGCUUUGUAGUUCUAGAAGUUUUAGUUCUAGGCCUUGUACUUGUUGUCCUGUUUCGCUUCAUGUAGGGAUUGUGGUAGUUGUAGUUUUACAAUGCAUUGCCAUAUACUUAGUAGUAGUUGAAAUUCUCUAUUGCCAUACUUGUGAUGAGCUGUAGUACUAUAUCACAGUCCUCUAUGGAUGGGAUGUGGUUGACCUCUAUGCAGGGGAUGUGGUUGACCUCUAUGAAGGGGAUGUGGUUGACCUCUAUGAAGGGGAUGUGGUUGACCUCUAUGAAGGGGAUGUGGUUGACCUCUAUGAAGGGGAUGUGGUUGACCUCUAUGAAGGGGAUGUGGUUGACCUCUAUGAAGGGGAUGUGGUUGACCUCUAUGAAGGGGAUGUGGUUGACCUCAAUGAAGGGGAUGUGGUUGACCUCUAUGAGGCGGGGGGGUGGUGGAAAUCGAUACCGUUACAUAUUGGGAUAUUAUUUUUGACAAUAUAUUGUAUCGUAUUGUUUUGACAAUAGCACAAUAUUAUUUUUGCACUACUUUGCUGUACCUGCACCAAAACUCCACUAUUUUUCCUUCAUAGCUUGUUCUCCAUCUUCUUUUUAAAUAGGGAGCCAAUUUGUUUUCAGCACUUUUAUUUUCUCAUGGCUCUCUCUUGUCCCUCUGCAGCAGACAUAUGGUGAGCAAUAUGUUUGGAACAUUGAAUCACAAUAAAAUCACAGUAUCGAAUCGCAAUACAUUACGUGUAGGGACGUAAGUAUCAUGGUAAAAUCGUGAGGUUUCUGGCAAUUCCAGCCCUAUAUAAUAUGUAGGAGUUAAGGCGAUUUCACAUAUCCCCUUUAUGAUCUGGAUUCUGGAGCGUUAAGUACCCUGAUCCGUGCUAUAAAGCAUGUGUGAAACACAAACAAACCCUGGCUUAAAUGAAUCCUGUACCUGCGUGAGUAACGGGCCCAAGAUCCAGGACCAGAGUACCAGGUAGCGCGAGUCGUGUGGAACUUUUUGCCCGUUGUAAACAAGCUGGCUUGCCAACGUCAUGUAGAAUGUGCGUAUCGCAAAUCACAUCCAGAAACAGUUAUUUUCAGGUUUUGUGAAAGCAAAACAUACCGUAAUUUUCGGACUAUAAGCCGCGCCUUUUUUCCCAUUUUUCGACCCUGCGGCUUAUAUAACGGUGCGGCUAAUCUAUGGAUUUUUACAGCUAACGGCCACUAGAAGACCUCCUAAAUCUAUGGAUUUUACAGGUUACAGUCCACCAACUUUAACUCUAUGGGCUUAUGACCGGUCCGCGCCCCCCACCUUUAAGCGGCGGGCUCCAACAGGAAAAGCUGGAGGCCGGAAAAGAGUGAGACAGGUAGCGCGCAAAAGUAAAAGUGGAACCGAGAGUGGUACGAGAGACAGAACGAGAGACAGAACGAAAGCAAGACAGACAGACAUUACGAGAGCGAGACAGUUUGUCUCUUUCCCGACAAUCCCCUCUGUGCACGAACCCUUACAUAUGGUAAUUAAACAUUAAAACACCUGCGGCUUAUAGUCCAGUGCGGCUUAUAUAUGUACACAUCAUUCAAUAUCAUUCAAUUUAGCUGCUGCGGCUUAUACUCCGGUGCGCCUUAUAGUGCGGAAAAUACGGUAAUUUGUAGAAUUCUCACAAACGCUCCAGGAAACCGAACCAGGGAAAACCCCCUUAGUUACAGUCCAAGGGAGUCUGUGGGAGUCCUAGUCCUAGAUCGACACAGCCAGCUUGUUGUGGUUAGCUGUGUUUGUCGGUCAUUAUGCGCGGUUAGUAGUGGAAGUUGUGGCUUUGGAUGACCAUGCUUCAGGUAAAUGGUUGUGAGUUACAUUAUUAUGGAAACCAUAACCACAGACUUCCAUUGUACAACUGUAAUGGGAUAAUUGGACCUUGUGGGACAAAAUUGGUCUGUGUGGGAUGAAUAAGGUCUUAUUGACUUGAACUGAAUUUAAUUGAGUUAGGGACAGGUUAGAGGACUGUGUGAGAUGAAUAAGGUCUUAUUGAUUUGAACUGAAUUGAGUUAGUGGCAGGUUAGAAAACAUGUGAAGGUAUGACCUCAUUGUCAUUAAGUACAAUAACUACUGUUUGUACGGAAACGUACUCACGGAAACGUAUGGUCCACAUAAAGCUUUGCUUGGAUAAUGUUAUAAAUACACUUAUGGAAAAUGCCCAUUUCGAAAAACAACCGUUAAUUUAGCUGUUCUGUUAUACUUGUCUCUUAGUGGGUGUCAUUAAUCAGUACAUUGCAAGCGAAUGACCCGUCACUUUCAUAGUAUCACUUUUCAUACUGCUGACACUAACAAAAUAUUCAACCUAUUGUGACCUCAACAUAAGUUAGUAGAUGGCGUUUGUACAAAAACUUGCUCAUAGGGUCACAUAGAAACCAGUAUUUGUUGGUUGGCCUUAGUGGCAGAUGGUCGUUGGUGAGUUACUUUGAUUUAAAUUACAUAUUUUCCCCACCUAUACACGUGACACAUUCCUCUAUCCUGGACUUCUAUUCAGUGACAAACUUUUGCCCCUAAUUAAGGCAAUUUCUUGUCAGAUGACGAGAGUGUGUUCUGACUGUGGUCAUCAGAGAAGAAGGAAUAAUUUAACCCUACUCAGUGUGUUCUCUGUAGAGUUCUGUGUGUGUGUUCUGUUCCAGUAGGUCACGGGUGGCAUGGCGGCAUGUUGUCACCUACACAGAUUCAUUAGCUGUCCACUAAAUGUGUGUGUCUUAAUGAGUACAUUGAGAUAAAUGGAGAUAUGACUGAGCCACUCUGUGUUACACAGUCAGGGUGUUAUACAGGGCCGACCCACCUUUCUUAAUCUGUUCCAAUAACACAGGAGUGGUGUGUUUGUGUGUCUUAGUUCAUGCAUGUGUGUGCUUGCAUGCAUACGUUUGUGUGUGUGUGUGUGCACGUGACUGCAUGAAUGUGUGUGUGGGUGAGUUUCAAUGCCCCCCAUUCACUGUGAGUGUGUAAACAGCUCUGUGUGUGAGCGGUGAAAGUUCUAAAACAAGCUUCUAUGAGAGGUGUCACCCUGACACCCUGCCCCAUGUUUUAGUGGUGAGGUCACUAGGCUACCAUACAUGGGGACCUACUGUUGUCAUUCUGAAACACACACACACACACACUAUUAUUCUGUGUUACCAGGCACUACCACAGCAUUGAGGUGUUCACCCACUAUGACCUGUUGACUCUGAAUGGAACCAGGAUAGCUGAGGGACACAAGGCCAGCUUCUGUCUGGAGGAUACAUACUGCCCUGAAGGUAAUAACACCUGUUAUUAACAUGGAUGACAUGGCAAUGUCACAUGCUAUUAACAUUUAUAACAACCAUUUAUUUUAAACAACUUGGCUUCAUAUGCUGUCCAUGACCUCAAAUAUUCCUGGACCAUGGUUAAUCUGUUUUUAUUUGAUUUAUUUGAGUCGCUGAAACUGGCCCCAAAAACCUCAAGUCGAAGAGUAAAGUCACUGUUGUUGUCUGUAUGUCAGGUUUGCAUAAGCGUUUCUCCUGCUACAACAUGGGCGACCAGGGCAUCUCAGUGGGUUGCUGGGAUACGUAUCGCCACGACAUCGACUGUCAGUGGAUUGACAUCACUGAUGUCAAGCCUGGAGACUACAUCUUCCAGGUACAGGCACGCACACACAGAAACACACACAGGUGCGCUUGAUUAAGCUUGGAGUUUGCACUUUUGAUACUAUCCCAUUGGUUCCUUUGUUCCUUUGCAAUUUUUUUAAAAGUAUGUUGAAGUAUUUGACUGAGGUCUGCAGAUCCCCCUCUGUGAUAUGUGAUACCAUGAGAGACAGCUAUGCUGUAUUAACCCCGCCCACACACACACACACACACACACUCCAUUUAUGUCAUGACCCUGUCUCAUGUUCACCUCAGGACACAUCAAAGACUCCAACUCCCAUCAGCCACCACUUCUUUCUCAGACUACUAAUCCCAGUAUGCCGUCCCAGGGGCCAAUUAGGCUCUUGAUUCUUUUUAUAUCUCAGCCAUGGGAAAGCCAUGGGUAACAGUAAAACUUGCUACAGUGAAACACGCUAUCUGUUAAUGAGAGUUAUGGUGAGACUAGCUCCCCCAGUAAAACUCACUGAUAUCUGUUAGCUAAUGAGAGAGGGGUUACGGAGAAACUAGCAUCCCCGUAAUUACUGGUACUACCUAAUUACACCCUGCUAAUGAGAGGGAGGUUGUGGUAAAAUUAGUUCCCUUAAAGACUGUGCUACCUAAGCCAUGGGAGUCGGUUGAGAGGUUACAGUGAAGACGGAUCCCUGUUUAAUCACACACUCCCUAAGUGUCACAGCCAGUUUUAUUUAAUCACCCUGCAUGUUUCUGUGAUAGACGUACACACACACAUGCUCACGGACACACACACACGGACGUAUGUAUUUUAGGCAUGUAGAGCAGGGCUUAAUUACAUGUGGUGGCCCUGCCACAGCUAUGAGGAGAAAAGGAUGAGAAGAAGAGAGGAUGAGAAGAAGAGAGGAUGAGAAGAAGAGAGGUAGAGAAGAAGAGAGGAUGAGAAGAAGAGAGGAUGAGAAGAAGAGGAUGAGAAGAAGAGGAUGGAGAAGAAGAGGAUGGAGAAGAAGAGGAUGGACAAGAAGAGGAUGGACAAGAAGAGGAUGGACAAGAAGAGGAUGGAGAAGAAGAGGAUGGAGAAGAAGAGCAGGAUGGAGAAGAAGAGCAGGAUGAGAAGAAGAGCAGGAUGAGAAGAAGAGCGGGAUGAGAAGAAGAGGGGAUGAGAAGAAGAGGGGAUGAGAAGAAGAAGAGGCUGAGAAGAAGAAGAGGCUGAGAAGAAGAAGAGGCUGAGAAGAAGAAGAGGCUGAGAAGAAGAAGAGGCUGAGAAGAAGAAGAGGCUGAGAAGAAGAAGAGGCUGAGAAGAAGAAGAGGCUGAGAAGAAGAAGAGGCUGAGAAGAAGAAGAGGCUGAGAGGAUGAAAAGAAGAGGAUGAGAAGAAGAGACCGCUGCAUGGUCACAUGGUGUUUAUACUUGCGUACUAUUGUUUGUACAGAUGAGCGUGGUACCUUCAGGCAUUUGGAAAUUGCUCCCAAUGAUGAACCAGACUUGUGGAGGUCUACCAUUUUUCUUCUCUGGUCUUGGCUUUCUUUUGAUUUUCCGAUGAUGUCAAGCAAAGAGGCACUGAGUUUGAAGGUAGGCCUUGAAAUACAUCCACAGGUACACCUCCAAUUGACUCAAAUGAUGAAUUAGCCUAUCAGAAGCUUCUAAAUCCAUGACAUCAUUUUCUGGAAUUUUCCAAGCUGUUUAAAUGCACAGUCAACUCAGUGUAUGUAAACUUCUGACCCACUGGAAUUGUGUGAAUUAUAAGUGAAAUAAUCUGUAUGUAAACAAUUGUUGGAAGAAUGACUUGUGUCAUGCACAAAGUAGAUGUCCUAACCUACUUGCCAAAACUAUAGUUUGUUAAAAAGAAAUUUGUGGAGUGGUUGAAAAACGAGUUUUAAUGACUCCAACCUAAGUGUCUGUAAACUUCCGACUUCAACUGUAACUAGAUUAGAAGUUAUAGUUUUGACAAAGGAAAGACAGACCCUGUUGUACAAUCUACAGUUAUUCAAACUCCAGGGCUUGUGUCUCGGAGUACGAAAACAUUUAUGAAAAUGUAUGCACUCGAUAAGAGCGUCUGCUAAAUGAAGACAAAUGUAGGAGUGAUGAUCUAGGAUCAGUUAAAUAAGACCGGGGGGGCCUGAUCCUAGAUCAGCACUCCUAAUCUGAGGCACUUUGUGUGUUUGUGUAUAUAUAUAUAUAUAUAUAUAUAUAUAUAUAUAUAUAUAUAUAUAUAUAUAUAUAUAUAUAUAUAUAUAUAUAUAUAUAUAUAUAUAUAUAUAUAUCUAUAUAUAUAUAUAUAUAUAUAUAUAUAUAUAUAUAUACACACAGUGAGGGGAAAAAAACUAUUUGAUCCCCUGCUGAUUUUGUACGUUUGCCCACUGACAAAGAAAUGAUCAGUCUAUAAUUUUAAUGGUAGGUUUAUUUGAACAGUGAGAGGCAGAAUAACAACAAAAAAAUACAGAAAAACGCAUGUCAAAAAUGUUGAAUUGCAUUUUAAUGAGGGAAAUAAGUAUUUGACCCCCUCUCAUUCAGAAAGAUUUCUGGCUCCCACGUGUGUUAUAUGUUAUAAAUUGGUUUGGAUUUUACACUGCUCAAAAAAAUAAAGGGAACACUUAAACAACACAAUGUAACUCUAAGUCAAUCACACUUCUGUGAAAUCAAACUGUCCACUUAGGAAGCAACACUGAUUGACAAUAAAUUGUCCAUGCUGUUGUGCAAAUGGAAUAGACAACAGAUUAAAAUUAUAGGCAAUUAGCAAGACACCCCCAAUAAAGGACUGGUUUUGCAGGUGGUGACCACAGACCACUUCUCAGUUCCUAUGCUUCCUGGCUGAUGUUUUGGUCACUUUUGAAUGCAGUUCUGGGCUGAUUCCUCACCGUUCUCAUGAUCAUUGCAACUCCACGAUGUGAGAUCUUGCAUGGAGCCCCAGGCCGAGGGAGAUUUACAGUCUUUUGUGUUUCUUCCAUUUGCGAAUAAUCACACCAACUGUUGUCACCUUCUCACCAGGCUGCUUGGCGAUGGUCUUGUAGCCCAUUCCAGCCUUGUGUAGGUCUACAAUCUUGUCCCUGACAUCCUUGGAGAGCUCUUUGGUCUUGGCCAUGGUGGAGAGUUUGGAAUCUGAUUGAUUGAUUGCUUCUGUGGACAGGUGUCUUUUAUACAGUUAACAAACUGAGAUUAGGAGCACUCCCUUUAAGAGUGUGCUCCUAAUCUCAGCUCGUUACCUGUAUAAAAGACACCUGGGAGCCAGAAAUCUUUCUGAUUGAGAGGGGGUCAAAUACUUAUUUCCCUCAUUAAAAUGCAAAUUAUUUUAAGGGGGGUGGGGGUGGGGGGGCAGUGCAAAUAGUCCGGGUAGCAAUGAUUAGCUGUUCAGGAGUCUUAUGGCUUGGGGGUAGAAGCUGUUGAGAAGCCUUUUGGACCUAGACUUGGCGCUCCGGUACCGCUUGCCGUGCAGUAGCAGAGAGAACAGUCUAUGACUAGGGUGUCUUUGACAAUUUUGAGGGCCUUCCUCUGACGCCGCCUGGUAUAGAGGUCCUGGAUGGCAGGAAGCUAGGCCCCAGUGAUGUACUGGGCCGUACGCACUACCCUCUGUAGUGCCUUGCGGUCGGAGGCCGAGCAGUUGCCAUACCAGGCGGUGAUGCAACCAGUCAGGAUGCUCUCGAUGGUGCAGCUGUAGAACUUUUUGAGGAUCUGAGGACCCAUGCCAAAUCUUUUCAGUCUCCUGAGGGGGAAUAGGCUUUGUCGUGCCCUCUUCACGACUGUCUUGGUCUGUUUGGACCAUGAUAGUUCGUUGGUGAUGUGGACACCAAGGAACUUGAAGCUCUCAACCUGUUCCACUACAGCCCCGUCGAUGAGAAUGGGGGCGUGCUCAGUCCUCUUUUUUUCCUGUAGUCCACAAUCAUCUCCUUUGCCACACGGCCAGGUCUCGGACCUCCUCUCUAUAGGCUGUCUCAUCAUUGUCAGUGAUCAGGCCUACCACUGUUGUGUCGUCAGCAAGCUUAAUGAUGGUGUUGGAGUCGUGCCUGGCCAUGCAGUCAUGGGUGAACAGGGAGUACAGGAGGGGACUGAGCACGCACCCCUGAGGGGCCCCCGUGUUGAGGAUCAGCGUGGCAGAUGUGUUGUUAUCUACCCUUACCACCUGGGGGCGGCCCGUCAGGAAGUCCAGGAUGUUGAGCGGCUUCACAGCAGGUAGAUUGAAUGCACAUAAAUAAAAAGACAACCCCAAUACAGUGACAUGACAAUCAACUAGAGAGGGGGAGGGGUGACCUGGGUCCUAUCAGGACGCACAAGGCACCCAGCCAGCCCUGCCAAAGCUCGUUCCAUAGUCAAGAAGUCCUUUAACCAAGUGUCCAUGCUGAAACACUGAGGUUGACACACUUUCCAAUUCAUAAGUAUUGUCUGUUUGACUGAUAGGUGGGCCAGAGCAAUGAUGCGUUGCGUGGUUCUAGGUUGGCUAUUACCCACCAUACUCCCUAGUAGGCACACUAAGGGACACAGUGGGAUACAUACAUUCACGAUUUGGUCCAUUUUAGAUCAAAUAUUUUAUUAACUGGUGACUUGAUAUUUAUCCCAAGGUAUUUCAUGCCUUGUGGUUUCCAAAGGAAGGGACCAGUACCCAGGUGGGCUGGACAUGUGUGGUGGUUUAGAGGAAUACCCUUACACUUACUCCAAUUCACCUUAUAUCCAGAACAUUGGCCAAACACCAGGUAUCAAACUGCUGGGAUUUGGCUGUAACCGAAUCUAGAGAGUGCAUAGAACAGGUAAGACCACUCUAUUCUAUCAAACGCUUUCUCUGCAUCCAGCGAUACUGCUACCUACAUUUCUACAUUUCAGAGAGAUGGACGUUUAAUAAAGAUCUAGAAGCUCUUUCCUUGAACCACGCAGAGUUAGAAACAGUUACAUUAGAAACCCCCACCAUUAGAAACCGUAAAAUAUCCCCCAUAAAAUUCCUUUGCUGUUCUUACAAGCCUUUUCUCACUCUGUUACACAUUGCGAUGGCCCAAGCCAACCGGCUACAGAUGACAAAGUCCAACACUAAUUUCAACAGAGUCGCCAUCAUGGCUAGUUUUUAUGUAUUCACAAAUUAGAUAUAUAUAUUUAUUUGUAGUUUAGAGUUGCUUUCCUGUGUAACUGGAUGCAGCCUGUAUUUAAAGUGGGUGUAGUAGGUUUACAGAGCGGCUAUAAGGGAAAAUGGGCCCUCAGUAUUAUCACAGUGUGUGUGUGUGUGUUUGCCUGCCUGCCUGUGUUUGCCUGCAUUCGAACGCAUGUGUGUGCGCAUGGGCGUGUGUGUGCGCUUACUGAAGAGAAUGGCUAUGUCAGCAGCUGUGAAAGUAGACUUUUAGACUGGCGAAUAACAGCCUAUUAGAACAUGGUAAAGCGCAGAAUAGCACCUAUUACAGAAACGUAUACAGUCACGGUUAUGCACUCUGUAACUACUGUACCUUUUUAACCUCCAACUAAAUUACUCCUUUAAUUCAGCUUAAGUCCUCAACUUAACUUAAAGGUGUUCUUUAAGUUAAGAGCAAUUCCAGCUGAUGUGGUAGACUGCAUAGGCCAUGUGGAGGUUGAAGCUUUUAUUGUGAUUGAUUUUGAUUUCAACAUGAAACAGAAUGACAUUACAAUGAACAGGACAGAAACGUGGAAGUGGAGCAAGCACGUUGAGGCUUUCUCUGAAAGAUUCUUCAGUUAUAACUCAAAUGGUGAGACUCCGUUGGGCAUAUGGAAUGGCCAUACUUUAGUCCUGUGACGAACCAUACAAUUACAUAACUCUCAGGAUGUACACUGUAUGGGUGAAAAUAUAUUUGUUACUCAACAUUUAUGCUAAACUUACAACCUUCCAUACAGUAGUCAAAACUAUUGAUGAGUUUUCUUCAGGCUGCUAUUGAAUUAAUGCCUUCCAGCAUUUAUUUUAUGUUUCUCAGAAUGGGACAAACAAGAGUUUUAUUAUUAUAGUGUCUUAACAUUAUACAUCUUUACAACUCUAUAAAUUGAUUGUUACUUAAAGAGCAAAUGGGGAUCCCAUCCAUCCAUCCCUCUAUAUGGAGAGAAAAGUACUGUAUUUAUCUCUCCUAUUGAAACAUGGAGAAGCCAUCCCACCUUUUUAUGGAUGUGAAUAAGACUGACUAUAAAAACAAUACCAACCAUGACUGACUUUUAAUGACAGAGACCAUCUAACAAUUUUACAUCCAACUGAUCUUUAUUUCAGAUGUCUCUUUCAGUCUGGGGAUGCUAGCGCACUCUGCACAUAUUAUUACUCUAUGGGUGUGUCCCAAAUGAUACCAUAGUCGCAAUAUAGUGCACUACUUUUGACCAGAGCCCUAUGGGCCCUGGUCAAACGUACUGCACUACCAGGGAAUAAGGUGCUAUUUGGGACACAGGCUAUUAUUACCUGCCAACUAGGGUUACCUUAAAUGGCAGUUUCUGUUAAAUGAGAGGGGGACACCUCAACCUUAUGAAGACACACAGGUUUGUGACAGGCCACCUAUUGAGCUGGGUCAUGAGCAAUGCAAUGGGCCAGGCAACACUUGAUAAUAAAAAAUAAAAAUAUAUUACAAUAUUCUUCAGUUACAAGAUUACAAACAGACUGGCAGUUUAUUUCUGUUUACCUAUAUAAAUAGCAAUCAAUACAUACCUGGAUGGUGGCUUGCACACUACUUAAAACAAUUAGAAUACCUAGGACUACAAUCGCGCUACUGUCACUUUAAGUGCAAAUAAAUGUUGUAGUACAUAAUUUCAUCAUCAUAACAAAUCUACCUGGCGAAGACACCAUCACUGCGAGCAUAUGGGGUGCUUGGAUCAAGAACUUAAAAAAACAAAUGAUAAGCGACAACCCUGAACGCAGGGCAAACUAUGUUAGGACGGACGCCACUAGGAGCUAGCUCCAACCAGAGCUCUGCAGGAGGAGGGUGGUUAAAAAAAGUUAAUACAAUUAAGCACAGCAGAUCUCCAAGUCACAGCAAAUACAUGCACUCAAUUAAGGGCAAUCAGUAAUACAUUUUGAUCAAUCAUUGGUGAAAGCACGCAUAGAUCAGUGAAAAUUCUGUUAAAUAGGAAAGCUGAAGUCAACCCUAUGGCAAAAUUAUAAACUCCCUCCCUCUGUUUUCUAAUAAAGCAGUGUGGUGAGGAUUGAGUGAGUGGCUGCAAGUCAGGAGGUCACAGACAGCCAUCAUUAUCUUACAUUGUAAUAACUUUGUCAUUACUCUCUGGCUCUGGCCAAUUGCAGGGCUCAAGUACAGUCAACUACUGAUAAGUGCACAAAGAACAAGUACAAUCUCUGUUUGAGUACAGUAAAGUUAAUCAGUCCUAUUUCAAAUAUGUGUUUCUUGUUCUGGACAUCUACCUGCUCUGGUUUAGUGCACACAGUCCUUUGACAUUGCAUAUAUGGGUGUUGACUAUACUAAUAGCUUUCUUCUCUGUCUCUGUCAUAUUGCAGGUGGAAGUUAACCCUUCGUUAGACAUGGCUGAGUCGGACUUCCAGAACAACGUGAUGAGAUGUCGAUGCAAAUACGACGGACACAGAGCAUACAUGUAUGGAUGUCACGCAGGUAUGGGAAGUUACAUGUCGCUCUCGUUAACACACACAUUCACAUUCUUGUAUUCUAUCCCUGUCUUUCUCUCUCUCUCGCGCGCGUUCUCUCUCUUGCUCUUUCUCACUCUCUCCCCUCUUCUUGCUCUUCAUCUCUCUUUCUUGCUCCCUCUCUCUAACUGUAUGUUGUUUCUUCUACCAGGUGAUGCGUACAGUGCAGAGAUUGAGGACCUGUUCGAGCACCAACGGCAGAUCUCCAAUAACUUUGUCUAGGCCCAUCCAGGGCCCAGCAUUGGCCCAGUCUGGUGCCCAGCGAAGAGGGCUCAGAGCUGGGACCAUAGACUACUCAGGGUGGCCUGGGGUC